AUGAUUCGUCUCCUACUUCUAACCCUACUGACAACGAAUGUCUUCGUGACGGCGACGACGACUGGGCCCCCUCGAAUCCCUCGGACGGCGACGACGGCGACUCUCAAGAUGAUUCCAGUGACGAGCACCCCAGUGACGACGACGACUCUCAAGAUGAUUCCAGUGACGAGCAUCCCGGUGACAACGACGACUCUCAAAACGACCACUCAACUAGAUCAGCCGAAAUCUGUGGAAUAUGUGACACCGGAACUCAAUUCGAGCAUUCUUCACACCGACAUGAAAACUGAGGUUAUCAGUGAUUCGGCGCCCAUCGAGAUUAAAAUGGACGACGUCGCACACAUCAGUUUGAGUGAAACUGAAACCAAUAGCAAUGAAGGUGAGAACAAGAUUGAAACGAAACAUGACGCCGGUGACGCUCCCAAAAUCAACGAGCACGUUCAUGAGCCAAUGUCGGAGCCGACGGAGCUUCUACCGCUGUUCAAAAUCGACGAUGUGGUGCCAGGAGACGGUGAGGAAUACGCGAAUUCGAAUUUCGACUCGUCGACGGCGCCGGCGACUUCAGAUGAGGGGGAUGACGUGGAAAUUGAGAAGAAUUCAGAUGACGACGUCACUUCCACGACUUCAGAAGCAUCCGCUACGACGCCGACUCCAGAAUCCGCAACUUCUGAUUCAGAGAAGUCUUCUGAAUCCACCACGACGACAGAGAUUCUGAAUAUCAUUCAGUUGUCUGAAAACAACAAUGAGACCACAAAUUCAGAAGGCGUCGUUCUCCCCACAGACGAUCAGAAUGAAAGUGAUAAUGAUACCUACGUUGAUAAGCCUUUUAAUGGUGACAUCUACCCACUGACAUUCUUGGAUCGAACCAACAAUUACAUCAGAAGUCUCACGGAGGAACCGGGAAGAUUCAGUGCGGCCAUCACUUGUGUUCUCUUCACAAUCAUCGUCAUUUUGUUGUUUUUGGUCGCUAGAGAGUGUUGUAAAGGGAAGAGACGCUUCUCGUCUAUCAACCGACGUGACCGUAAUCCACCAUCCGUGACUUCUGAUCUCUACAACACUUCGGAUUGUUCUCAUUUCUAUCAGAAGCCAACUCUUCUUCUGAAUCAACAAGAAGUGACAAUGCAACUGGUUUCAUCCGAUGUCUCCACUGAUGAUAUCGUCUAG